AUGAAGAAAAUUUCAAAUCAGUUAAGAAAUGUUGACUUUUUCAGCGUAACAUACUCUCCUGCCAUAUCAGAUGGACUCAACUAUAACCAUUCUAGUGUUAUUGGUGGAAUUAUCUCCUUGAUAAUAGGUGCAUUAAGUUUAAUCUAUUGUAUAUACUAUAUGUACAUGUGGUGGAGCUACCAGUUAUUGCCGAAAGUGGCUGAAGACAUUAACAAGUUUGAGGAGGAGACCGAUUUCGGGUUCAUCAAUAAUAGAAUGUAGGUGAUUGCAUAUGACAAUAAUGGAUUAUCUAAGAUUAAUCCAUUCAAAAGUGAUGAGAUCAUCUUGAUGCCAUUAAUAAUGGAUCUAGAUGUUGGCAAUUUUGAGCCCCUCAUUAGCAACAUCACAGAGGAACAACUGCUUGACAUAAACAUCCAGAUGGGGAAGGAAAAAUAAUUUAUAAUCAUCUUUACACUUUGCAAGGACGAAUAUUUGAUUGGCGACUACAAAUGUGCCUCAGAAGAAAUAUAAUAGAGUUACUUUAACGAAUCAGGCAACAUGUUGUAUACCAAUAUUGAGUUCACUACCAUAAAUCCAUCCACAUUUGAGCCUUAAUAGUUUCUCAGAACCUAUCCAAUCUAUAUCCAUUCGGAUGCAGAAUUGUGCUCUUAAAUUACGUUGCAUUACUAAUUGAACCAUUACUUAAUAAAUAAGGCAUUUCUAUUUUCAUCUAAUGUUGAGGAGCAUAAUUACAUCUCAAAUUCACUAAAUUAUCCCUAAUUUGGUACCAAGAGAUAUUGUGAUAAAACCUUCUUACCUAAUACCUAUGGAGUUUAUUGGAUAUUAUUUUAAUAACAAUAUCAUACUAUCUAGAUUGGGUACCCAUCCAUCAGUGAAGUAUUUGCUGCAAUUGGAUCAAUUAUCAGUAUUUUAUUUUCAGUCAAAUAUCUCAUCACUAUUUUAAAUUUGUCUUAAAUGAGAUAAUCUGUUCUGGAUGACAUCAUGAGAUAAUAUUACCCUGAAAUUAGGAGGUUUAAAAUCAUUAAAAACUUUUGGGGUAAAAUAAAAUCAGUUAAGUUUGAUAGUGUGUAAGUGGAAUUGCCUAGUUUCUUAGCAUUCCAAAAGUAAAUUCAUUCUUAGAUGGCUUGUAAAUUGAAUUAUAAAAACUUAUUGUAUGAAAUGUCUCGGUUUCAAUUUAUCAUGAUGUCCAUCAAGAGACGGAAAGAAAUAGAAAAAGUUCAUGCAGUUGGGAUCAAAGUUCCUAUGAGAUUGUCAGAUUCAGGAGAAUCGUUUAUUAUUUCAGAGGGUAUCCAAAAUCAAUAGAAAACUCUUAAUUAUAGAAAUAUGAACACUCUUUCAACUAAAUACGAUAUCUUGAAUAUGAAUGAUGCUUUGAUAUUAAGUUAGGAUUAUAAAAAAUGUACAUAACAACCAGAAACUCAAGUUGGGUUGACAACUAACAAUGUAGAUAAUUGUAAUGAUAAUGAAGAAAAUGAAAGGGAAUAAGACUUCUAUGAUAUUAAUUUCAUUAAACAAUAGGAGUCACCAAUCAUUAAACAAAACGACGAAUAAAUAUGA